AUGAACCGAAAGAGAAUCAUCCAGAUCUGUAUAUUCUUUGAUAGUAUCAACAUCCCACUGAGAACAUUGAUACAGAAAGAACUGGAAAAUCUCAAGGGUGUGAAAGUCAGUCUGACAUUACAAGUAGAAAUGGAGAAAGGAGAUGACAUAACAACCACAGACACACCAUACUUCAGGAGUGGACCAAUGACAGUCACAACAUCUCAUGAGAUUGAUAACGGUAUUCAAACGGCACACACACAAAUUCAUACAAAUAUCAAUAAGUGGAUACAGAAUGGAUCAAACUGGCACAUCAAUCACAUCACCAGAUUUUAUGUUGAUGUAGCAGCAUAUCAGCCAAUGAGAGGUAAAUCCUACAUUGAUUUACCGAACGAGCUCAAGAAAAAGAAGGCAAUCAUCAAUGUCAAGAAUAAGGAUGAUAAAUGUCUGAUGUGGGCACUGCUCUCAGCUCUGUAUCCAGCAAAGAAAAUUAGUGACAGGGUAACUCAGUAUACAGACUAUAGCAACAAACUUGAUCUGUUCGGAAUCGAUUUUCCAACACCACUGAGUCAGAUUUCCAAAGUCGAGAAGCAAAACAACCUAGCUAUCAAUGUCUUUGGGUAUGAGGAUAACGUGAUCUAUCCACUACUGCUGACAAAGAAAAGAGGUGAGGAAGUGAUCAAUCUUCUACUAUACCAAAAAGAAGAUCAGAAUCACUACUGUUGGAUCAAAGAUUUCAGCAGAUUGUGCUACGAUCAGUCAAAGCAUAAAGCCAGGAAAUUCUUCUGUACAAGAUGUCUCCAACCACACAACACAGAGAAAUCCCUGAGCAAUCAUCAGGAAUAUUGUGAUAAUGUCACUGGAUUAUCAGCACACAUGGUACUACCAGAACCAGACGAAGAUGGAAAUCCACCAACACUGAAGUUCAUUAAUCAUCACAAAAUGCUACAAUGUUCCUAUGUCAUCUAUGCUGACACUGAGGCACUGAUCAAGAAAAUUGAGGGAGUGAAAAGCCAACAAACCAGCCGGGAUUCACAACAUGUUCCUUGUGGUUUUGGUUAUGUCGUGGUACGUUCUGACGGAGUGAUGACAAGUCAGUGUUUCUACCGGGGUGCUGAUGCCAUGGAUGUAUUCUUUGAUAAACUCAAAGAUGAGGAGAAGAAAAUCCAAUCAGCACUCAAUAAUCCAGCACCGAUGGAUCUCACUAAGGAACAAGAAGAAUUGUUCAGAGAGACAGAAGACUGUUGGAUUUGUAAAAAGAAACUUGGUGAGGACAGAGUCCGUGAUCACGACCACAUCACUGGUGAUUUCCGCGGUGCCGCACACAAUGACUGUAACAUCAAACUCAGAAUUUAUCCAUACAAGCAGCACAUCCCUGUGGUUUUUCACAACCUGAAAGGCUAUGACAGUCAUCAUCUCAUCGGAGCAAUCGGAAAGACAGAUGUUGAGACCGUCACAUACACGGAUAAGGACGGUGUGUGUAAGAGUAAAACUGUGGGUGAGAUAUCAGUCAUUCCCAACAACAUGGAGAAAUUCAUCUCAUUCACAUGGAGACAGUUCCGGUUCAUCGACAGCUGCGAGUUUCUCAAUGCGUCACUCGAUAGACUUGUGAAAACGACACCAGAUGAGUCAUUCACUCACACCAAGACGUUGCCAAACCAUCAGCUGUUGAUGAGGAAAGGAGUAUACCCCUAUGAGUACAUGAACAGCUUCUCCAGGUUCGAUGAGACUCAGCUACCAGCACAGAGUAAGUUCUAUUCUUCACUGUCUGAUGAGGGGGUGAGUGACGAUGACUACAAACAUGCUGAGAAAAUGUGGAUGAAAUUCGACUGUCAGACUCUUGGUGAUUAUCACGACUUGUAUCUCAAGACCGACGUGUUUCUCUUGGCUGACAUCUUUGAGAAUUUCAGAGUAGAAGCUGUCAGAACGUAUCAGCUGGAUCCAGCAAAUUACUACACUCUGCCUGGAUUUGCCUGGGAUGCUCUGUUGAUGUACUCAGGUGUGUCCUUGGAAUUACUAACAGACUAUGAUCAGCACUUGUUUGUAGAAUCAGGAAUGAGAGGCGGUGUGUCGAUGGUCUCACAACGAUAUGCUGCUGCUAAUAAUCACUAUCAGGAGAAAUUUGAUGCUGAUCAGCCAUCGUCAUUUAUCCAGUAUCUCGAUGCCAACAGUCUCUAUGGUUGGGCAAUGUCACAACAUCUCCCAGUGUCUGAUUUUCGGUGGGAGAAACCAUCAGAGAAACUCCUGAACAAGAUACUGAAUACUCAAGAUGAUUCCUCACCGGGGUAUAUCGUCGAGUGUGAUCUGGAAUAUCCACACGAACUUCAUGAGAAGCACAACGAUUAUCCAGUUGCUCCAGAACGUCUUUCCGUCAAUGAGGACAUGCUAUCUCCAUACCAGCAGGAGCUUGUUGAUAAGCUCAAUUCUUCCGGAGUAGAUGCUCUCAAACUUGUACCAAACUUGAGGGACAAGACAAAGUACGUUCUCCAUUACCGAAACUUGAAACUCUACACUCAGCUCGGACUACGUUGUGUCAAAAUUCAUCGUGCUCUGAAAUUUACUCAGACACCGUGGAUGAGAAACUACAUCGAGAAGAAUACAGACCUCCGGAAGAAGGCAAAGGAUGAUUUCUCUAAGGACUUCUAUAAACUGAUGAACAAUGCGGUGUUUGGGAAAACUAUGGAGAACGUUCGGAGGAGAGUCAACAUAAAAUUGUUGAGAAGUCGUGAGGAGAAAUAA